CAAAUAAAGUGAAAAUUUUUUUACAUAGGCAAAAACUGAUGAUGAAUCUAAUGGGUAUACUUUUGAGAUCUCUAGAGGGUCUUCAAGGGGUCUCUGGAAAACUUUUCUCCAAAAAUCAUAGUAUAACAAUGUGUCUAAUAAGACGUGUUUUUGUUUAAGGUAUUAUCGUUCUCAGCUCACCUAAAUAGAUACCUAGAGUAAGUAGGCGAAGAAGUCAGAGACAAAACGCAUCGUUUCGUCGAUAGCCAAAUACGAAGACUUCAGAUCCAAGUGAUUCGUCAGGUGAUGAAUAUGUCAUGGAUAUUGAUGCUGAAGAAUUAAAUUUUAAUGAAAAGAUUUUAUUAACCGAUAUUGGUGACCUUGCUGAAAUGUGCAAGUUGAAAUGUGGAACGAAAUAUCUUAGCAUUUUGGUUUAUAUGUCAUUACGUUUCUUCGACAUUAAAUGGGAAAAUGUCGACGACAAAGGAGAUUAUGAAGAGUUUUCAAAUGAUUUACGUGGUGGUAAACAAACUGAUUCGUUUUAUGAUACCUUUCCCGAGAUUGAAGCAGAUACAAAAGCAUUUGUCGUUCAAACGUGUUCACAAAAGUCAGGCGAAUUUAAGGCUUUGGAUUUGGCUCAGUUUAUUGAUGAAAAAUAUUAUGAAUUACCAGAAAUUAAAAAACAAAUUGGCGAUGAUUUCAUAAGAUCGGAAAGAAGUUGUCGUCUUGAUCUUCGCAGACGGGGAGCUAAAUUUGAAGCAAAUUCACAACGCCCGUAUUUUGAAGGACAUAAAAGGGAAGAUGUAGUAUUGUGUAAGUUGUACAAAGCUGAGCCUGGCAGAUAA